CCUUUGUGCUAAAUUCCUUUCUAUCUCAGUACCCCAAGUCCGGGAGGGGCUGUGAGUGAGCUUCAGCCAGCAGGAGGAGGGAGCUGACUCCUUAGUCAGCUUCUCCCUUAGCCUUGAGCCGGUGGUUAUAAGCCGGGACCUGGGGGCCCAGGGCCAGAGUUGCUCGGCUGGCCUUUCUGCCGUGGGGGCAGCAUGCUGGCCAGGGGGCUUCCUCUGCGCCCAGUCCUGGUCAAAGGCUGCCAGCCCCUCCUGGGCACCCCUUGGGAGGGCCCUGGCCAUCCCAGGGUGCCCCCUGGAGAGGGAGCUGGCCUCGCCACUCACCCCAGCCCUCGCCCCUUCAGUGAGAUCCCCUCUCCCGGGGACAACGGCUGGCUAAACCUGUAUCAUUUCUGGAGGGAGAAUGGCCUUCACAAAAUGCACUACCACCAAGAGCAGAAUUUCCAGAAGUAUGGCCCCAUAUAUAGGGAGAAGCUCGGCAGCGUGGAGUCCGUUUACAUCAUCGACCCUAAAGACGUGGCCCUUCUCUUUAAGUUCGAAGGUCCCAACCCUGAGCGCUAUCGAGUCCCGCCCUGGGUGUCCUAUCACCAGCACUUCCAGAGGCCCAUCGGAGUCCUGCUGAAGAAUUCCACGGCCUGGAAGAGAGACCGGCUGACCCUGAACCAGGAGGUGAUGGCUCCGGAGUCGAUAAAGAACUUCAUCCCCCUGCUGGACCCGGUGUCUCAGGACUUCGUCAGCCUCCUGCACAGGCGCGUGGAGCAGCAGGACAUGGGAAAGUUCUCAGGGGACAUCAGCAAUGACCUGUUUCGCUUCGCCUUUGAGUCCAUCACCAACGUCGUAUUUGGGGAGCGCCUGGGGAUGCUAGAGGAAAGAGUGGACCCCGAGUCUGAGCGCUUCAUUGAUGCUGUCUACCAGAUGUUCCACACCAGCGUGCCCAUGCUCCACCUCCCCCCAAACCUGUUCCGUCUGCUCAGGACCAAGACCUGGAAGGACCAUGUGGCUGCCUGGGAUGUAAUUUUUAAUAAGGCCGAGAUGUACACCCAGAACUUCUCCUGGGACUUGAGACAGAAAAGAGAAUUCGACGGUUACCCGGGCGUCCUCUACCGCCUGCUGGAGAGUAAUAAGAUGCUUUUAGAGGACGUCAAGGCCAAUAUCACGGAGAUGCUGGCCGGGGGCGUGGACACGACGUCCAUGACACUGCAGUGGCACAUGUACGAGAUGGCGCGCAGCCCGCAGCUGCAGGAGACGCUGCGGGAGGAGGUCCUGGCCGCCCGGAGUCAGGCCCAGGGAGACCUGAACAAGAUGGUGCAGCUGGUCCCGCUUCUCAAAGCCAGCAUCAAGGAGACACUGAGACUCCACCCCAUCUCUGUGACCCUGCAGCGAUAUGUGGAAAACGACUUUGUCCUUCGAGGUUACUUGAUCCCUGCCAAGACGCUGGUACAGGUGGCCAGCUACGCCAUGGGCCGAGACCCCACCUACUUCUUCAAACCGCACAAAUUUGAUCCCACCCGAUGGCUGGGCCAAAACAAGGACCUCAUUCACUUCCGGAACCUGGGCUUCGGCUGGGGCGUGCGGCAGUGUGUGGGCCGGCGCAUCGCCGAGCUGGAGAUGACUCUCUUUCUCAUCCACCUUCUGGAGAACUUCAGAGUUGAACUCCAGCAUCUCGUGGACGUGCACACCACCUUCAACCUCAUCCUGAUGCCUGACAAGCCCAUCUUCUUCACCUUCCGGCCCCUCCACCGGGGCCCUCCCGGCGGGUGAUCCCAGGGGGUGCCCCUCCCACCACCCAGGGGGGCUGUGGGGUGGGGCCCGCAGGGCAUCUGUGUCUUCACCUGGUCCCCGGCCCCUGCUCCUUUCUGGCACCUCCAACCCGAUGGAAUCGGCGCUCGGUGGUCACUGUCCCGGCUCAGCUCAGCACCCCUCUCUCCCCUCCUUUCCCGGGCUUCUCCGGCAUGUGAGGACAAUAAACUGACGAAACUCAUGAAGGGCUUUUAUUCCAU